AUGUCUGUUGCACAAGCAAUUCAGACUGCUAAACCGGAAAAUUCGAUAUGGCACGAUGUACCAGAAGACGCUUUCCGUCGACGCAUCACUGCCCUCUCCGCGGCGACUAAUGGCGUUCCGGGUGAUUUGAAAUACUCGAUGUCACGGUCAACUAGUACCCAAGAGCUGCCACCCUCGACUGGUUCCUUGAAUUUGUCCUUCAAGAUCGAGCAGCGCCUUGCAGACGAUUUUGCAUUUAUCUUCGCGGCCGCCCAAGAAGAUGGAGAGAGUGUUACUGCAGUUUGUAUUGAGGAGAUUUUAGAACCUCCGGCCCUUGUUAUACGCGUUGCUGCAAAUGAAGGAGUGCCAGAAGAGGUCAAGAGUAUGAAGCUUGAGCAAUGUACUUCGACACUAUCACAACUGAUAUUGAGUCUUUCGCGGGAGCGCAUUUUGUCUCGCAUGAGAUUGUUCCUUGGGCAGCUUCCUUCAUCAUCAGUUCCACACAGGAGGCGAUCCACAGGCUCGUCGAUGGCCGGCCCUGAAAGGGCGUUGGCCCGAAUGCAAGCUGCCGCUUCUACACCCGCUGCCAACGACCUCGUCAGAAGAUAUUCCGAGCUGAGGAGGGUAUUCGAAAGCGCCCUACGCUCGGGCAAUUCGCAGCUGGAAUGGGACCUACAGGAAGUUGUGAAGGAGAGUUUCGCCAUCGCCACUUCCGAGGGACAAAUGCCAUUCCGCCUCAAUCUCGAGAACGCUGGUCUGGGUGGUCAAAAAUCGUUCCAAAACAACUACAUUAUGCAGAUCGACAAGCUUGGCGCCUAUCACAGAAUCCCACAGACCUUGGCUAGAGAAGCUUGCAGGAGGAAGACUAGGCAUCUAUUCUCAAACAUCAAGCCACAAUACAUCCACCCUUACGAAGCUCGAAUAAGCUCAAUAUCCCUCACCGGAACGAAGACCCCUUGCUAUGUCCACGCAGAAAUACAGUUGAUCGUACACCAUCUACUCUCGCAGACUCCGAUGCUGCCCCGAGUGAUAGGUACCAGCGAGGAAACGUGCUUCCUAUGCCACCUGUUCAUCAAAAGACUGGGUUCCUUCGUCGUCACGGCUACACACGGACGACUAUUUGACCAAUGGACGAUUCCAGAUCUAGCAGAGUACUCGCCGGGACAGGUUCUGGCGCUAAGGACGGUUAUACGAAGAAUGAAUCGCGACUGUUCACUCUUGGGAAGGAGGAAAGACCCAUGGCGUGGUCACCAUCCUCUCACGAAGAGACAGAACUUAUACAACAUGCCAACCUUAUCGCCACUAUCUACGCUGUUGAGUGCGAAGUUCGACACGGAGUCAAGUCUGCGGCCAGUCGUAGAUGAGAAUGACGAAGGGCCCCGGGGCUUUUCCGCUCGGCACUCGAGAACUUCGAUAGCAUCUGCAAUCAUGAACCCUAGCAAUGACGGGCUCCCGCCUCUCACAGACGGAGGGACAACUACAACUACAGACUCCUGGUGGAACUCGAGUCUGAAGACAGAAACCCGAACCCACAGCGCAAGCGGCACGGCAAGCAAUCCAGAGCCCCAAGAGCCAGUCUUGAGCGACACGCAUUCCGAAAGCACGGCCACCAGCUCGACUCUCACGUCAAAAAGCCGCGUGCCCAUCCGCGUCAGCCCAGACAGACCAUAUCAUAUCAAAAUUGCGGACCUGGACAUCGUGAUAGAGAUCCAGCCACCGCGCGAUGGAACGGUAACUUUGAGGACAGGCAGUGAAACCGACACGAGCACUUCGAGUCGCCUUAUCAAUCUUGAGGACCUUCGGCCAGGAGAUGAGGUGGACUUCCAGCGAUUCGAGAAUGAGACCUCUGUGGUGCUUCGUCUGCAGCAAGGCGGUGGCGAUUUGUGCUGCCUCGCCCUGGAGUGGACAUGA